AUGAUUCGGCAAGACGCCCAUCGCAUCGACCCCAAACGAAGGGCCACCAUCGACCACAAGAAGAGACAAUUUGCCACGCCAACCUACAAGCAGCAGGACUACCCGUACCGGCUAAAUCUCUAUGACACGCCGCCCACGGCGGAGAUCACGCUCGAACAGUUCGAACAAUGGGCCAUCGACAGGUUGAAGAUCCUGGCUGAGAUCGAAGCCUGCUCCUAUCGGAACAAAACCCCCGCAGAGACGGCGGCGCACAUCACGCCUCUGUUGCAGAAAUUCCUCCCUCUCUCCUCCAAUACCUCGGCUCCGUCUGGGGCCGCAGACACGCGCUUGAAAAAUGAACGACAGAAAGACCACUAUUCCCACUUUAUCCUGCGUCUCGCCUUCUCGGCCACAGAGGACCUUCGGCGACGGUUCGCUCGCGCCGAGACUAUGCUUUUUAGAUUCCGGUUCCAGCAGGAUGACUCGCGAGAGAGACGUGCCUUCAUCGACAGUCUGAACCUCGACUGGGAGCCAGUGGGCGACGGGGAGAAAAAUGAAGUGGCUGAAAACCUGGUCAACUCCACGCCUGGGUUGCGUCGGGUCGACGAUGAGACGUGGUACAAGGUUGAUUGGGAGAAGGUUCCCGAGCUCGUGGAGCGACGUACAGUCUUCUUGAGGAGAGGAAAGGCCUAUGUGCCUGGAAGGGAACAGCUCAGCAUGAUCAUCGCUGAGUUUACCGCCCGCUUGGAACGAGCCCUCGAGCUCACCAGCCGUGCGCUACCACGAUUGGACGAGGAUGACCGUCUGACGCCUAUCUUGAACCACCUCUCCAAGAACUUUGGCAGCGCCGAGUCAGUAUACUCGGAGGGCGAGGGAUAUGUGGACGGAGCGCCAAUCACGGCUAGCUCCAUCGACCAGCUAUCUCAGCAUUUUCCGCUGUGCAUGCGCAGCCUUCACAUGAACCUGCGCAAGAACAACCACCUCAAGCACUUUGGGCGACUUCAGUAUACUCUGUUCUUGAAGGGCAUCGGCCUCUCGCUAGAGGAAUGUAUUCUCUUCUGGCGCCAAUCAUUCAAAGGAAAGACGGAUGACGAGUUCAACUCCCAGUACAAGUACAACAUUCGUCACGCUUACGGUGAUGUGGGUGGAGACGUCAACCGCCGAGGACGUGGAUAUCCUCCCUACUCGUGCCAAAAGAUCCUCGGCGAUGCAAACCCGGGCAUUGGCCAAACGCACGGGUGUCCCUACCGGCAUUACAGUGUUGACAAUCUCGUCGGACUGCUCCAGGCCACGGGUGUCCACGACAAGGAAGUUCUGCGAGGGGUACGCGAGGAUGUUGGCAAGAUGCGAUACCACAUCGCCUGCAACCGAGUCUUUGAGUGGUCCCACAAGGGCGAAAUCAAAAAGGUCAAGGACGACGGCACAUGGAGCCAGACUGAUCUCGACACAAUCGUGCACCCGAACACCUACUUCAAGCGCAGCUACUUGUUGAAGCAGAUGACCCAAGCCCCGAGGGAUGCAUGA